AAACUGAGGCACGAAGCUGGACAGUGACUCAGACACCAGGAGCCGCCUGGAGUGGAGUCGAGAGCUCAGACAGGCACUGGACGGGGCCUGCAGGGGUCUCCACAGAGACCAUCAGGAUGUCGUAUUUUGGGGAGCAUUUUUGGGGCGAGAAAAAUCAUGGCUUUGAGGUCCUGUACCACAGCGUGAAGCAGGGGCCCAUCUCCACCAAGGAGCUGGCGGACUUCAUCCGGGAGAGGCCUGCCCCCAGGACCUUCGCCCCGCUCUGGGAGGUCUUCCGCGUCUCCUCCGACAAGCUGGCGCUGUGCCACCUGGAACUGACACGGAAGUUACAGGAUCUCAUCAAGGACGUUCUCCGCUACGGCGAGGAACAGCUCAAGACGCACAAGAAGGUGUGUGUCGUGGGCGCCGCCCAGCGGCUGGGUGGCCCUUCAAAUGAGCUCCUGCCCAAGUCCCGCGAGAACUACCUGAACCGUUGCAUGGACCAGGAGCGGCUGCGGAGGGAGAGUACCAGCCAGAAGGAGAUGGACAAGGCAGAGACUAAAACCAAGAAGGCGGCAGAGAGCCUGCGGCGCUCAGUGGAAAAAUACAACACAGCCCGAGCUGACUUUGAGCAGAAGAUGCUGGACUCGGCCUUGCGCUUCCAAGCCAUGGAGGAGACACACCUGAGGCACAUGAAGGCGUUGCUGGGCUCCUAUGCUCACUCCGUGGAGGACACGCACGUGCAGAUCGGGCAGGUGCAUGAGGAAUUUAAGCAGAACAUCGAGAACGUCAGCGUGGAGAUGCUACUCAGGAAGUUUGCAGAGAGUAAGGGCACAGGCCAGGAGAAGCCAGGACCUCUGGACUUCGAGGCAUACAGCGCGGCUGCCCUGCAGGAAGCGAUGAAACGUUUGCGGGGAGCCAAGACCUUUCGCCUUCCGGGAUUAAGCCGGCGGGAGCGGGAGCCAGAGCCACCUGCAGCUGUAGAUUUCCUGGAGCCCGAUUCAGGGACAUGUCCAGAGGUGGAUGAAGAAGGUUUCACUGUCCGGCCUGAUGUGACCCAGAACAGCACGGCCGAGCCCUCCCGUUUCUCGUCCAGCGACUCCGACUUCGAUGACGAAGAGCCCCGCAAGUUCUAUGUGCACAUCAAGCCCGCCCCGGCCCGGGCUCCAGCCUGCAGCCCCGAGGCAGCAGCGGCACAGCUCAGGGCCACUGCGGGCAGCCUCAUCCUUCCUCCUGGCCCAGGGGGCACCAUGAAACGCCAUUCUUCACGGGACGCUGCUGGGAAACCCCAGAGACCUCGGUCUGCCCCCAGAACUGGCAGCUGUGCAGAGAGAUUGCAGUCAGAGGAGCAGGUGUCCAAGAACCUCUUUGGGCCGCCCCUGGAGUCAGCCUUUGACCACGAAGAUUUUACAGGCUCUAGCAGCCUGGGCUUCACCUCCAGCCCCUCCCCUUUCUCCUCCUCGUCGCCCGAAAACGUGGAGGAUUCCGGCCUGGACUCUCCGUCCCACGCGGCACCUGGCCCCUCCCCAGAUUCCUGGGUCCCCCGCCCAGGCACCCCGCAGAGCCCGCCCAGCUGUAGGGCGCCACCCCCAGAGGCCAGGGGUAUCCGCGCACCGCCUCUGACAGACUCGCCGCAGCCCCUCGCCCCGUCUCCAGGCCCCUGGGGGCUGGAGGCCUUGGCCGGAGGAGACCUGAUGCCUGCACCUGCUGACGCCACAGCCAGGGAGGGCCUGGCAGCCCCACCCAGGAGACUCCGCUCUAGGAAGGUGUCCUGCCCUCUCACACGUAGCAACGGGGACCUGUCUCGUUCCCUGAGCCCCUCCCCACUGGGCUCUUUAGCCCCCAGCACUGCCUUGGAACGGCCCAGCUUCUCAUCCCAGUCAGGACAUGGAGUCUCCCGGGGUCCAAGCCCUGUGGUCCUGGGCUCCCAGGAUGCCCUGCCCGUAGCCACAGCCUUCACGGAGUACGUCCAUGCCUACUUCCGUGGCCACAGCCCCAGCUGCCUGGCUCGAGUAACUGGGGAGCUGACCAUGACCUUCCCUGCUGGCAUCGUGCGUGUGUUCAGCGGGACCCCACCCCCACCUGUCCUCAGCUUCCGGCUUGUACACACAGCCCCUAUUGAGCACUUUCAGCCCAACGCCGAUCUGCUCUUCAGUGACCCCUCCCAGAGUGACCCUGAGACCAAAGACUUCUGGCUCAACAUGGCAGCUCUGACCGAGGCUCUGCAGCGCCAGGCAGAGCAGAACCCCACCGCCUCCUACUACAACGUGGUGCUGCUGCGAUACCAGUUCUCCCGCCCGGGUCUCCAGUCUGUGCCUCUGCAGCUCAGUGCCCACUGGCAGUGUGGGGCCACCCUCACCCAGGUCUCAGUGGAGUACGGCUACCGGCCCGGUGCCACGGCUGUGCCCACGCCACUCACGAACGUCCAGAUCCUGCUGCCUGUGGGGGAACCUGUGACCAACGUCCGCCUGCAGCCGGCCGCCACCUGGGUCUCCCCAGGCUCUGGCCGCCUCUCUGCCAGCUGGGAGCCGCUCUCAGGGCCCAGCACACCUAGCCCCGUGGCCGCACAGUUCACCAGCGAGGGGGCCACUCUGUCGGGCGUGGACUUGGAACUGGUGGGCAGCGGUUACCGCAUGUCACUGGUGAAGAGGAGGUUUGCCACAGGGAUGUACCUAGUGAGCUGCUGAACCCGUAAAUGCUGCCGCCCCAGCUCUACACUGCGCCCUGGUGCUGGCUGACCGCUCCCUACCCUCCUGCUGGACCCUGGGGCCUCCCGCCCCAGUCUCCCUGAGGCCCAGACUCCACGGAGAGGAGCCCCAUGCCCAGCCGGCUGAGCCCGAGAUUCGCUCCUCCCCCUCAUGCCAACCCCACACAGGUCCUGGCCUUUUAAUGUUCUUUGAAUAAACACUUUAUUUUCUAAUAAAAUAAAAAAGGAAACCUUUUCCUGC